AUGUCAGAAAGCGAUAAAAAGUGUGACAUUAGAUGCCGCAUAUGCAUGAACAUGCGUGCAAUCAGCGAGAUGCAACAGAUUCUGCCUUGUUUCCAUACAUUUUGUCAUAAAUGCAUUGCCAUCUCGACAUCGUUCCAAAGUGUACUUCUGUUAUUUUUUGUAAUUCAAAAUUGUGCACAAAUAAUUUGCAGAAAAUUAUCACAAUUUGAGACUACUUACCUCAAUGCAUGUAAGCAUGAGAUCUGCACUACAUGCUUAGAACAGUCAUUACAGCGACGACCUCCAGCUUGUAUCGUAGAAGGCUGUAAUAAAAGAGUGGUAGAAGUAGAAGACACGGGCUUCUGUUAUUUAUGUGGCACGUCAGUAUCAGAUCAGUAUUCGAUAAAUUACAAAUGUAAAGCGAAAGAAGACUGUAACAGUAUCGCACUCAAUGGUUUUCCAUCGAAUUCAGAAUGCAGCCAUGACAUAUGCAUGGAAUGCCUUACUGAAAUGAUUUGCGAAUGUGAAGCUAUGGGAAUAGCACCUAUGUGUCCAGUAUGUCAUCAGUGCUACACAAUUGAAUCAGUAAAAGCACUACGCACACUUUUUCCAAAUAAAACCGAAUUUUUCCAAAAGUUUGAUUUAGAUGACGGAAAAAUGGAAUUAUUAUGUAAAGACGAAUCUGUGACGUUUGUGGAUCUUUCGACCGAAUUCUGUUUCUCAGCAAGGCGACAAACAAUACGUGUUAUGACUGACAGUGAAUAUGAUACUGAACGAAUACUCAUCUUUGAUAAACAAGGCACUAUUGGUGAUUUUAUCCGUGAAAUACGUAAUUUGCUCAAAAUACCAGUCUAUGAAAAAAUUUAUGGUUAUUUUAUCAAACGUGAAGAUGUGCUAAAAGAUGAAGAAGUAGACGAAGAAAUAAACAUAAGCAAAGAUUCUCUAACGAAAUGUAUUACUACGCUACGUUUGACACCAAGCUGCGUUAUCCGAGUUGAUACCACGGGAAUUGUGCAAAACAAAUCGUUGACAAAUUUAUAA